AUGGUACAUUUGGGUGAUAAACCUCACGAAUGUCCAGAGUGUGGGAAGAGAUUUAGUCUUCUUCGAUAUAUGAAGAUUCACAUGUUAGUGCAUUCUGGUGAACAACCUUACGAGUGUCCAGAAUGUGGGAAGAGAUUCAGUAUUUAUGGAAAUAUGAAGCAGCACAGAAUUGUGCAUUCGGAUAAAACACCUUUCGAGUGCACUGAGUGUGGGAGAAAGUUCAGAGAGCGACGAGCUAUAAUAAGGCACAUGGUAUUGCAUUCUGGUGAUAAACCUCAUGAAUGUCCAGAGUGUGGCAAAAGAUUCAUUCAGCUUAGAACUAUGAAGUUUCAUUGGAUGCUGCAUACAGAUGACCAACCUCAUGAGUGUCCAGAAUGUGGCAAGAGAUUUAGAUAUUUUGGAAAUAUGAAGAGGCACAUGAAGAUACAUUCCAAUGAAAGGUUAAAUAUUUUGCAUGUGGGAGAAGAUUUUGAGAAUGUUGAAGUAUAA